UGUGGGUACAGGCUGCCCAGAGAGGCUGUGGAGUCUUCCUCACUGGAAAUAUUCCAGAACCAUCUGGACACAAUCCUUUGCCAUGUGCUCUCGGAUGACCCUACUUGAACAGGGACGCUGGACUGGAUGGACCCGCUGUGGUUCCUUCCAACCUGAGCCAUUCUAUGGUUCUGUGUAUCAAUCAAAUCCGUCCUCAACUUUUGAUAGUUUUUUGCCAGAAAUCCUACAUUGCCAGCACUUUGUCUUUCUAUAGAAAAGUAUGUGGAUGAUACGAGCUGCAUUCCUUCCUGCUGUGCUGAGCUGUGUGUGCUGACAGCCAGAGCCGGGCCCGCGGCCUUCAGGCACUUCGGGACUACAGCUCCCGGCGUGCGCCGCGGGGCCGCGGCGGCUGAGGCCGGGCAGCGGCCCCGGGGAGCUCCUGCGGUCGCGGCGAUGCCGGUGUGGCUGCGGGAGCACAGCUGGCGCCAGACCCUCACCGCCGUGUACCUCUCGCUGCCCUUGCGCGGCGCCCGGGCCACCCCCGCCAACAUCUUCUGCAGCGAGCAGUACCUGAAGGUAAGCAUCCCUCCCUUUUUAUUUGAAGCCAUUUUAUAUGCUCCCAUUGAUGACACAAAUAGCACAGCAAAGAUUGGAAAUGGAAACAUUUUCUUCACCUUGUAUAAAAAAGAACCGGCCAUGUGGGAUUCCCUAACUCUAGCAGACGCUGGCAAGGAAAAACUACAAUAUCUGAGAGAGAAUGCUGUUCUAAAAGCCCAAGAAAAGGCAAAAGAGGAGACAGAAGCAAAAAAAAUUACAAAACAGGAACACAAAAAGUAUGCUUUGGAGGCCACAAUGAAGCUAGAGGAAGCAGAAAGGAAAAGAAUUGAAGAUCUGAAAGAAAAGGAACGGCAGAAGGUCGCUAAAGAGUUGGAGUUCUGGAAAAACCAACAAAAAUAUGCUGAUAAAUACAAGAGCGUACGAAAAAAAGAGGAAUUACAUCAAGAAAUAAAGCCGUUAAAGGAGAGGACAAAUGAAAAAAUGAACAAAAGUAGGAUUCCCAAUGAAGGAGCUUCUAAUAUCAGACUCAAAUCCACAAAAGGUCAUGGUUCCUGUAGUAUAUUUUCACAGAAUUUAGAGGAAGAACAGUUACCAGCUCCCCGAGCUGCAGCUACAAUUAAAGUCAGCUUUACACCACGAGUUUUUCCCACAGCUCUGCGAGAAUCUCGUGUUGCAGAAGAGGAGGAGUGGCUACAUAAACAAGCAGAAGCUCGAAGAAGAAUAAAUUCUGAUUUAUCUGAGCUGGAAGAUUUAAAAGAAGAGGAGAAGAAUACAGAUUGGUUAAAGGACAAAGGAAACAAAAUGUUUGCAAUGGGAAACUACCUUGGGGCUGUAAACGCGUAUAACCUCGCAGUGAGGCUGAACAAUAAACUUCCCCUGCUGUACCUGAACCGUGCCGCUUGCCACCUUAAACUGAGAAAUUUACACAAAGCUAUCGAAGAUUCCUCUAAGGCACUAGAACUGUUGACACCACCUGUUCCUGAUAACGAGAACGCUCGAAUGAAAGCCCAUGUGAGACGUGGAACAGCGUUUUGUCAGCUGGAAUUAUACACUGAAGGUCUCCGGGAUUAUGAAGCAGCUCUCAAGAUUGAUCCUAAAAAUAAAAAUAUAGAAAAAGAUGCUGAGAAGAUUCGACAUCUAAUUCAAGAAACAAUGCAAAGUUCUUAAUUAAAGAAAAAAACAUGAAGAAACUCUUUGAUGCCUUUGAGGACACCAGAAGGAAUCUUACUUCUCUUCAGUGUGUGUUACCUAGACAUUUUUCUGCUUCACUUGGAACACUUACAAAAUUGGUAAAAGAUUGGAUAUAGUAAUUACUAUUAUUGGAAAGUAUAGUAUUAUAAACAUGAUUAGGUAUAUUUUACAUAGUUUUGAUACAAAAUUGUCUUUUUUUUUUUUUUAAGCAUCUGUAUUACUCUGACAAUCUGAAACCCUUGACUUGAAGCAGUUCCUUUUCGUUAAGUGUUCUUUCCAAAGUGGGACCAUUUCAACUACACUUCUUUCAAUAGCAGUUUUAGCAGACUUCUGAAUUUUCUACAUCAGUCUCUUUCCUGAAUACCAUUUAUGACUGAUUUCUGUCUUUAUAAUAAAGUAUUUAUUAUGCAGA